AUGUGCGGGCCGGCAAGAUGGCCCGCCCUGCUUUUCUGCCCGACGCAGCAGGCGCUGUACGGCACCCUGCUGGAGCAGAACCUGGUGCGGCUCAUCGAGCCCUUCAGCCGCGUGGAGAUUGCCCACGUGGCGGGCCUCAUCAAGCUGCCGGUGCCCGAGGUGGAGGCCAAGCUCAGCCAGAUGAUCCUGGACAAGAAGUUCAGCGGCACACUGGACCAGGGAGCGGGCUGCUUGGAGGUCUGGGAUGUGCAGGAGGGCGACACCGUGUUCCCCGCGGCGUUGAACAUCAUGGACAGCCUCGGCGGCGUGGUGGACACGCUCUUUACUCGCAGCCAAAAGGUCGUAGCUGUCUGA